AUCGAUAAACGCUAUUAGAAAGUUUUUAAGUUGUUCGCAUUUAGCAGCAAUGUUUCACCACAAUCAUUGCUCGUGUGAUAUUUAUGUUCACUGCAUUCAUAAGCCAGUUGGUUGGGUGCCCCCACCGAGACCGGGGCAGGUUCAGCACCAUAUUCAUGCCAGUCAUCAACCCUGUUACACUGUGACCACCACAACCACCUAUCACAAAACACCAACACCGCAACCAAUUGUCCUACAGUCGAAGAAAUGUCCACUACAAAAAAUUCCUCCACCUCCAGGGCCCGGUAGAGUGGUUUCUGUCAGCCAAGUAACCACAACCAACUAUAAACCGCCUCCUCAGUAUAUCCCUCCACCCCCAGGACCUGGACAAGUGAUUCCGGAUUAUGCUCUACCUCACUGUGGACACAACUCACGCUUCUAUGGAUGCAGCCAUUGCAAUGUUUGGCAGUGGCGAUGAAAAGUAAAUAUUUGUAUUCAAGGUUUUUUGAAAAUUGUACCUAUUCUUGUAUUCAGGCUUAUGUCUAGAUUGAAAUAUUAUUCAUUCCAUUAAGGACUGCGAACUGUGGCACUUUUUCAUCAAAGUCAAAAGUAAAUAUUUUUACAUUCUUGGUUUAUUUGUAUCUGCAAGCCAUGUAAGCAAUGUAUUAAAUUUGCAAGUGAAAAGA